AUAUUUAUUUUGUUUGAAUUUAUUGAAAUUUUCAUAUUUUUCUUUCAAACAGAACAGACGUUCUAUGUUGCUGCCCUGGUUGGUGUUAGUUGCUUUUCGCGUUGUACUCAGCUAUUUCCAAUUGUGGCGAGCCUUGUUUGACUUUGUUGCUGUUUCAUACAGCUUUCCACUCUUCUUUUAUGAAGUUUUUUUUACGGGUCUGAAUAGCUACAUUUACUAUGUAAUAUACUCACUAUACACACAUAUGAAAAUGGAUUGCGGAAACGGUCGCGCAUUGACUUCGCUACCAGCAGCAGCCGUACCAUUGCAACAAACUGUUCCCACCGCAUAUCCGCCGAACGCCGCAUAUCCCUCAAACUCCGCAUAUCCAACUACCUACCCCACCUUUAAUAAGGUAUAAGUUCGGGAAGCUUACUCAUCGUGAUUCCCAUCACCUUAAAAGGACACCAAAUAAGAAAAUAUCUAAUAUUGACGUAUAUUUACACUGCGAAUAUUUUUAUUAAUGUCACUUCUUAGCAUUUCAAAAACCUAAAGUCGAAGACCAACAAAUUUAAUUAACUUACUCACUGCAUACUAACUACAUUGUCGUUUAUUAGAUUCAAUUAAUUAAUAUUAAUAACACCAUUGUUUUUACGUUUACCACAACAUUUAAUUAUGGCCUCAUGUACACAGAUUUUAAAUUUAUUAAAUCGAUAAGAAAUGUGACUCAAUCGCUGUUCAACAUUUCUGU